GCGGGCGCGCGCCCCACGGGGAGGGGUGCGGAGGAGGGAGGAGGCGUCUGGACCGUGCAGCCCCGCGCGCCGCGCCAGCCCCAGACAGAGCAUCGCCGCAGCUGCAGCAACAGGCGGCGGGCCGGGCUCGCGGGGCGGAGGCGGCGGUGGGGCGGGGAGCUCGAGGAGGAGCGACUCGGGGCCGGCCACCUCCUGCAAGGAAGAAGAGCACCGCCGCCUCCCGCGCUCGGCCGCUGCAGCCCUCCAUCCGCUACCGCGCCCACCCUGCGCAGGACCCCGCGAGCGGCGGCGCGCGCACCCUGCAGAGCCCCGGCCGCGCAGAGCUGCCGCCAGACAUGACCGUGGUGCCCGGGGACCACCUGCUGGAGCCAGAGGCGGCGGGCGGCGGCGGUGGGGACCCGCCUCAGGGAGGCUGUGGUGGUGGUGGUGGCGGCGGCGGCGGCUGCGACCGCUACGAGCCGCUGCCGCCCGCAUUGCCCGCCGCGGGUGAGCAGGACUGCUGCGGGGAGCGCGUGGUCAUCAACAUCUCCGGGCUGCGCUUUGAGACGCAGCUCAAGACCCUCUGCCAGUUCCCCGAGACGCUGCUGGGCGACCCCAAGCGGCGCAUGCGGUACUUCGACCCACUCCGCAAUGAGUACUUCUUCGACCGCAACCGACCCAGCUUCGACGCCAUCCUCUACUACUACCAGUCCGGGGGCCGCAUCCGCCGGCCGGUCAACGUGCCCAUCGACAUCUUCUCCGAGGAGAUCCGCUUCUACCAGCUGGGCGAGGAAGCCAUGGAGAAGUUCCGUGAGGACGAGGGCUUCCUGCGGGAGGAGGAGCGGCCCCUGCCCCGCCGAGACUUCCAGCGCCAGGUGUGGCUGCUCUUCGAAUACCCGGAGAGCUCGGGGCCGGCCCGGGGCAUUGCCAUCGUGUCGGUGCUGGUCAUCCUCAUCUCCAUUGUCAUCUUCUGCCUGGAGACCCUGCCCGAGUUUCGCGACGAGAAAGACUACCCCGCCUCCCCGUCGCAGGAAGUGUUCGAGGCCACCAACAACAGCACGUCGGGGGCCGCCUCUGGAGCCUCCAGCUUCUCGGACCCCUUCUUCGUGGUGGAAACCCUGUGUAUCAUCUGGUUCUCCUUUGAGCUGCUAGUGCGGUUCUUCGCUUGCCCCAGUAAAGCCACCUUCUCCAGAAAUAUCAUGAACCUCAUAGACAUUGUGGCCAUCAUCCCUUAUUUCAUCACUCUGGGCACUGAGCUGGCUGAGCGACAGGGUAAUGGGCAGCAGGCCAUGUCUCUGGCCAUCCUGAGGGUCAUCCGCUUAGUAAGGGUCUUCCGCAUCUUCAAGCUCUCCCGCCACUCUAAGGGGCUGCAGAUCCUGGGGCAGACACUGAAGGCCUCCAUGCGAGAGCUGGGGCUGCUCAUCUUCUUCCUCUUUAUAGGGGUCAUCCUUUUCUCCAGUGCCGUCUACUUUGCUGAGGCAGACGACCCUUCUUCGGGUUUUAACAGUAUCCCGGAUGCCUUCUGGUGGGCAGUGGUAACCAUGACAACUGUGGGUUACGGUGAUAUGCACCCAGUGACCAUAGGAGGCAAGAUUGUGGGCUCUCUUUGUGCCAUCGCAGGUGUCUUGACCAUUGCGCUGCCAGUUCCUGUAAUUGUUUCCAACUUCAAUUACUUCUACCACCGGGAGACAGAAGGGGAAGAGCAAGCCCAGUACAUGCAUGUGGGAAGUUGCCAGCACCUCUCCCCUUCAGCUGAGGAGCUCCGGAAAGCCCGGAGUAACUCCACCCUGAGUAAGUCGGAGUAUAUGGUAAUCGAAGAGGGGGGUAUGAACCACAGUGCUUUCCCCCAGACCCCUUUCAAAACGGGCAACUCCACUGCCACUUGCACCACGAACAAUAAUCCCAACUCCUGUGUCAACAUUAAAAAGAUAUUCACUGAUGUCUAAUAUAUGAUGCAAAUGACAUACUAUGCCCAGUAUUAUGUGGAACGUGCCCCCUUGGUCUGUGUAUGCCCUUGAUUUAUACAUUUCCAGACCAUUCAUCAAGGAACGGACAUGAAGAAGUGGAAAAGCACACUUCAUUCUCCCUCUCCCUAUUGCUUCAUACUGAAACAGGUGCCUGUUCUGCAAGUGGGCUGCAUUCUCUCAGCUCCUUUCCUUUUCUCUCUCUCUUUCCCUGUCUUUUAAUUUUGUGACCAACAAGCUUACAUUAAAGCUUGGUUUCUAGUGCACGCCCUAUGAAAAACUACAUCCUGGGAGGAAAUGAAACUAAGAGUCAGAGUAACUGUUUAACCUCAAAAUCAAAAGGAUAGUUGUUUCUUUACUAAGUAAAGGAGGCAAAACUUAAAUGAUGCUCCUGUUUGGUGAACCUUUCAUUGUUUUUUUACUAUUUAGUUUAAUUACCCAGCCUUUGGAUAUGUGGACAGAAAGUCUAACUAAAGCAAUGACGUAUAAACCCACCAUAAAUUUAUUUUUGACUGGUCUUUCAGUUUGAAUCUCUCCUCUAAGAAUUUGAGGUUCGCAAUAACUUUGAACCAAAAGGGAAAUGGCCCAAAUGUCCUGAUCUGACUAUUAACUCUUUGGUGUUUGCAAAGAAUUUUGAAAGUAUUGUGCACGAAUUCCAGUGAAGUUGUGAGUAUGUGCCCCAGCCAACAUCUAUGAAAGUCUAGAAACUCGUUUUCAGUGCUGCCAAGAAAAACGACAAAUAUUCCUAAUGCAUGUGAGAGAUAAGCUUAUGUGGUAUCACAAGAAGAUUAAAGUGGCAGACACCCCUUCCAGCGGAAGUUACUAAUUCGGACCUGACUGAUGCAGUUCCCAUAGCAACCCAUGUUUCCUGGGAAACCCGAAAAAAGGUUGUCAUGGCAUCUUUUGCUCUUUAGCCCCACCCCCCUCAGGCCUUGCUGUUUCCACAGUAACCUUUCCAGAUGGUUCCUACUUAUAUGAUUUCAUAAGAAAA